AUGGAUUUUUUGACGGAUGAUUUCGGGCUCCACUUGUUGAAUGAUGAAUUGGCUGCAAAUGUUGUUGAUCCUUUGAUUAGCGGCUUGGAUCUUCCAGAGCCUUCUGGAUCAAAAUAUUUAUUGAGCACGGAAAUGAUUGAUAAAAAUGUAAGUUAGUUUUAAAAAAAUGUGGCACUCUUCAAGAGUUAACGCCUGAAAAAAGUGUUUGAAAAACUAUUUGCAACUUUUACUCUGAUUAUUUUUGGACCAAGAACAAACCAAAAAGCUAGAAUUUGCGAGAAAAAUACCUAUCGUUUCCCUAGUUUUUGAGAUACAAAUUUUCUGAACAUCCCCUAGUGAUUAUCAUUUUGUGAAGCUAGAUGUUUCAGGCACUCGAUUGUUACAUCCCAGACAAUCAACUAUACGAUUAUCCAAGUUCUUCAUCUUCUUCUCCAACUGAUGGAUAUGCGUCCAACGUGAGUUCUUUGUCUUUUUUGAUCAAAACCUAAUUUAUAAUAUGUUUUCAGUUACAAAUUCAUACCGCAACUCCCAGUGAAUUUUAUCUCCCGGUCAGCAAUACCAACAAUAAUAAAAAAGUGGAUUAUCGAUACGUUCCAAUCAAACCUUCAGUGAAUAUCGUGCAAAGCAAACCUGUAAGUGGCUAAUUUUCAUAGAGAUUUCACGAAUAAAUAUGAAAUUUCAGAAGCUGAAUGCAUCAGAAGAGAGAAAACUAAAAAAUCGACACUACGCGCAAGUUUCGCGUGAUAAGAAAAAGAAACAAGAUGCAGAUAUACUUGGAGAAUUGGAAAAACUUCGUCGUGAAAACGAUGCUCUUCGCAAAGAAAACAGUCAACUUCGAUGCACAAUUCAACAACUGACUGGUUCAACUCCACCUCCUACUCCAUUAUCUGAAACUAAACCAAAGAAGUUUGAGAAUUUCCCAACAUCUACAACAAACACAUUCACGCGCAAAGCACUUGUCACAGCCGGAGCUAUGGUUGUAUUUUGUCUAGUUGUUUUCAUGGCGCCAUCUUCUACAACUGAUUUGAAAUAUGGAAAUAACUUGGGCGAAAACCUUGCAGUUCUUCAAAAAAAUGGUAUCAGAAGACCAAAUCGAUUGGCGGUUGAACAAUUAGUUCCAACUUCACAAAAUAUCAACAUUUCAUCGAUUCCUGUCAAUAACUGUGGCGAUAUGAAAUCUGAAAAAGCUAUUGGAGGGUGAGUUCUUUUUUGAAAAAAAAACAAUCAAUAUUUUUCUUCAUCUCAAAUUUCAUUAAUUUCUUUUGUUUACAUAAAAUCACAAAAGUGUUCAUUUUUCAUUUUCAGAUCGUCCGAUGUUUAUUCCAACGCUUCUGCAGCUGACAAAAAUCGUAAUUUUGACAAACUCGCAACAAUUAUCCGCCAGAAACGAGAUUCCGUAUAUAUUUUGCCAAAUAAGGGCAAUAUUGCAAAACCAAAACCAAAAGUCAAAAGGCAAUCAACACCAAAAUAUUUACCAAAAACGUCAUUUAUUGCCACAUCGGCUAACAAAACUUUAAAUUAA